GAAGGCAGGCUGGAGGGGGCCGACUGGCGCGGCUCGGGAGAGCGCUCCUCCGCCCCGCGCGCGGUCCCUGCGCCCCGCUCCGCCCGCGCCUCGCUGCCCGCGCCGCGCCUCGGGCGUUCAAAACGCGUCGCCCUCGGCAGCCCAGCCUCAGUCUUCCUCCUCCUCCGCCUCCUCUCUCUCUCUCCUCCUCCUCCGCUGCCGCUGCCGGACACGCAGCCGCAGGCCGGGGCCGGGACGCAGCUGGGGAGUCAGGGACGCGCGCAGCCAGCCCUUCCCCCUCCGGCUCCCGCACCGCCGGCCGCCUCCCCUAGCCCUCCUCCUUUCCCCUCCCUGCUCCUUCGCUUCUUCCUCCUCCUCCUCUACCGGCCCCGGCUGCCAGCACCAUGUCUGCAGGGGGAGAUUUUGGGAACCCACUGAGGAAAUUCAAGUUAGUGUUCCUGGGGGAGCAGAGCGUUGGAAAGACGUCUCUGAUCACAAGGUUCAUGUACGACAGCUUCGACAACACAUACCAGGCAACCAUCGGGAUUGACUUCUUGUCAAAAACCAUGUACUUGGAGGACCGUACGGUGCGACUGCAGCUCUGGGACACAGCCGGCCAAGAGCGGUUCCGCAGCCUGAUCCCCAGCUACAUCCGGGACUCCACUGUGGCUGUGGUGGUGUACGACAUCACAAAUCUCAACUCCUUCCAACAGACCUCUAAGUGGAUCGACGAUGUCAGGACAGAGCGGGGCAGUGACGUGAUCAUCAUGCUGGUGGGCAACAAGACGGACCUGGCUGACAAGAGGCAGAUAACCAUCGAGGAAGGGGAGCAGCGUGCCAAAGAACUGAGUGUCAUGUUCAUCGAGACCAGUGCGAAGACUGGCUACAACGUGAAGCAGCUCUUCCGACGUGUGGCAUCGGCUCUGCCCGGCAUGGAGAACGUCCAGGAGAAGAGCAAAGAGGGGAUGAUUGACAUCAAGCUGGACAAACCCCAGGAGCCCCCGGCCAGCGAGGGCGGCUGUUCCUGCUAAUGUGGAGCCUGCCCCACGGCUUCCUAUGACACUACUCGCUUGUUGUGUUGCUUCCUAUUGGUUAGCUUCCUAUGGGGGUGGGGAAUGAGUUCAUCAAGAUGGGAGGACUUUUUUUUUCUCUCUGUCUCUAGGAGUAGGGUGGGGUGGGGAGGGAGGCUGGGCAUCAGGGAUCACAUCACUCUUAACAGCGGUUACUCAAACGACUAUUUUUUGGUUUGGUUGUAAUAUAUUGUACUUUAUUAAGAUUGCCAAAAACUGUUAAAAUUUAAAAAAAAAAAUUUAAAUCAUGUGUAUACAACUUUUUGCCAGAUAAAAUGUAGUCAUUUUUAUUUGAAAGAUGUGCUUUUUGUUUUUGUAUAUUUGUAAACUUAUAGAAAACCUUUUCCACACACCUCCUCCUUCCUGUUCUCUUUGAACUGUCCAUCACCUCUGCCUUCCUCCCAUCCCCAGCCCAAUAAAUUAAAACAAUUAACUGAGUAACUUAAUUAGGCUCCAGUCCCGGGCCAUGCAGCCCAGGCCAACCAGGCCCACAUGGUUAAAUCAAACAUUAGUUGGACGAAACAGCCUCCAAAGAGGCAGCGAUGCCUGGGCCUUCCAUGGGCAGUGAGGGACAUGAGCAGGGCCUUGAGCAGAAAGGAAAGCUGAGGACCAUAGGAAGGCCGAGCAGCAGGCCCCCCAGGAACUGCUUCUGCCUCCCCUUUUCCUACCCUCAAAAGCCUCGAGGGGGCUGAGGGCACAGGCAACCUUGUGUGUUCUGUGCCUACCCAGUGACCAGCAGAGCAAGAGGCCCUUGGAAGGAUGGGGUGUUGUCGGCAACUGUGGGCUGAGGUGGUGUGGUUUAUAGACCGGGGCACCCUGUGUAGUUCUGGAAUGUUCUAACCAGCCCGCCAACUGUCAGCACGCGCAGCUGGGUCGACUAAGAAACUCAGUGUGUGACUUUGGGUGGUGUACCACCCUGAAGCCCUCCUCCACACAGUCAGGGAGACUGGAUGGAGCCUGCACUGAAUGCUGAUGGUCCAUCUGUGAUUGGUUAAGGGAGGGUUAUCGGUAGAACCACCACCUUGAGAGAGACAUGUUCUCAGACCCUCAGUUGCUGAUACAGCUGAGUGUUAUUCUAAAAAUAAAUAAAUAAAAAGCCAAUUUCUUAAUGUUUUCACCCCACUGGCAUGGUACAGUUGAAAUCUUUGUGCACGUACCUUUGUGGAUAUUGUGGCUGCACUGUGGCACCUGAGGGUAGUAUCAAGGUGGAAACUCCAGAAGGCUGCCUAGGGCACUGGGACCUGCCCCCAGAAAGCCAUCCUCACCAUCUUUGACUCAUUCUUGAGAAUGGCGUAGACCUGAGAACCUGUAAAGUCUUGGAAGAAAACUUUCUCUUUGUAACUCACUUGGCCAGCAUUCCAAAUUGACCUAGAUUUACCACCCCCAGGCCUGCACAAAGUCAGGUAGUGGGCAGUGGUGACUCUGAUCAAAAUAACCCCUCUCCCACCCAGCUGGCAUUGGCUCCCUCCAGUCUGCUGAUGGACAUGUCCUAGACAGGCUAAAUGACCUUAUGAGGUGUGCAGGGUGAAUUCCUCCACAAGGCAGAACUCCAACAAGGUUGUUGGAAAGAAUUUUGUUAGUUUUUUCUCAGAAACUAAUCCAAAAUGGCAGCCAGCAGGUGUCAGGGCUGAUUUUUGUGCAGUGGGUUUGCCACACACCAUCAGCCUAAGAGACUGUGUCAAGAACUGAUCUUUAGAGAGGAAUCUAUCUUCAGGUGAAGAGGAAGCAGGAUCCCAGUGGGCACCUCUUCUGGAGGGCAAGGACCAAUGUAUGAGUGUAACUCAAAUGUCACGUGUUUAGUUUUUAUAUGUGUGUACAUAAUUAUAUAUAUAGAUAGACUUGUGUAUACACCUUCCACAGACACAUCCUCACGCAGAGAUACAUGUGAUCAAUGUAUAUUCUUGUCUUUCCUGCUCUCAAGUUGGAACUUGCAUUGUGAUAAAAGUUUUGGAAAUUCAAAAGUACUGCGACGUGUUGAAAUAAGAAAUAUUCAAUAUUGUCAAAUAAUUUGUGAUUGUCUUGCCAUCAAUAAAAAUAAUGCAUAGAUGUGUUAAACUACAGGCAAAAAUAGCCCAUGGGAAUAUCUCCACCACCUCUCUACAUACUUACAUUCAGGGGGCGCUUACCUGCGUGGGCCAGGGUUUCCCUACUUCCCCACUGUGGGCACACCCCCAAGUGGUGCUUGUUGGAAGAGUGCUUUCUUACCUUGUGAGAAUCUAUGGGAGUCCACAUUACAGCAUCUGGCCUGGGUGGCAGUGAGGACCAUCACUUGUGACCUCUGGGGCAGCCCCACUGACGGAUUUGCACUGGGUCUGGGUGAAUGAAUGCAUGGUGGAUUUUAAUUUUCUUGGCAUGGAAGGGUAGUUUUACUUAAAAUUAGGAAACGAAGUAGAAACUCAGUUCCCUUCUCAUGUGCACACAUCAUGGCAUAAAGGAGAUGGCAUAGAGAAUGGCGGAUAUCAUUUGGAUUGACAUGACCGAGUCCUGCUUUUCCUAGAUUGCACACAACAUCCUCUCGAGUUCAGCUUUUCCCUGGGCCUAUGGUCUCUGAGGGUAAGGGUAUUGCCCCCUCUUAUUCUUUCACCCCAGGGGUGCCUUGCCUCAUGACCCAGGUGUCCUCAUCCUGAUAGCUACCCUUCCCUUCCUAGGGUCUGUUAAGGCAAGGAGACCUCUUUCACAGAAAUGCGUUGGCUCCUUGGCUGUCCUCUUGAGCUGGCGCCAUUACUGUCUGCUUGCUUGAGGGGAGGAUCUUGUUUCAUAAUUAAGGUUAAACAAAAAAUGGUCAGGUCCCCUUGAAGAUGUCAUGAACUUGCUUUGAAAUCUGCAGUGAGACUACUGCAUCUUUGCUGAAUCCACACUGCUUAGCAGAGGACAAAGUAUAGGAUUCCUUUUAGGACACGAUGUUUAGUAAUUCAGUUCCUCUCCCUGGAGACUAGAUCUGACCUGGCAUAUGAGCAGGAGCUUCGUUUGGCCCUUUUUAUCUUUAGGGGACUCAAAAGGCAUUAGUAAAGCUCCUAUUCCACAUCAAAACAAGGCAUCAGAAAAAUCAAGUAUGAGACCAAAAAAAAAAAAAAAAAAAAAAAGCAGAUGGCUUAUUUACAAAGACACAUACGCACCAAAAUGAAGGUGGGACCUCAGUGUCUUGAGUGCCGCAGUGCAGUUGUGUGGUCCCAGGUUAGCCUGCUUGCUGGCUAGAAGCCUUGCUGCCAUCACUAUCACCACUGUCUGUCAGCCAUCCUUAAACAUUCUGCAGUGUCCCCGGGUCCAAGGAAAGCAAUGGUCAGGUCAGUUCAAGUUCAGGUCAGGGAAUAGAAACAAGAACUGAAGGUGGUAGGUAAGUGCAGACACAUCUGGGGUGCAGGGGCUCUAUCAUCCAGUGGCUGACCAGUGCCAGGAGCCCCUAUAUUCAAGUACCAGGUGUGACAAAGGAAAGCCACUGCUGGCCUUGGUGUCCUACAGAUAGAGAAGCCUCAUUCUUUCACAGAUGAAGGCAGGGGAUGCUGUCAGGACCAGAGACCAGGUCACCAAGUCGUCAGAAUCACCUGAGGGGCAGCCGAACAGAUGUAUGCGUGUGCAUUGACCAGUGUUGUGUGCUAGUUUCCAAACUACCUCUCCCCAAAGAAUGUGAGGCACUGUCACCUUGCCACAGCAGUGUGAGGAAGAGAUCCCAUAACCCUUCCUGCUCUGCAGGUGGGAGAAUCAAGACGAAGAGGGUGACUUUGCUUACGAUUACCCAGGAAGUCAGGAGUGAUCAGAAUCAAGGUGUUGCCAUUCUUCGUCUAUUGCCCACCUGUGUGUGUCCCUCUACUUUGUGGUUAGGAUGCAAAGAUUCUUCCCAGUGUAUCUCUCUGAGCUGGGAGAGAAUAUAGAUGUUAUUCGGGGUCCCCAAAUCUACUUGGAUCAUCUUGGCAACCAUACAGAUCAGGGCACCCUUUGAGACUCUGCUUGAAAUCAACUUUUGGUGUUCCCAAAUCCUGAGGUCUCCGUGUACAGCCUCCCUGGACUCCAGACCUUCUCAUCAGGAUGUGCUUUACCAGGAAAACCUGGCGAUGGCAGUUCGGCUUUUUCCUUCAUGAAGUGGGAAAUCUCCACAGCAUCCAAGGCCAGCCUACAUCUUGUGGUGUGUGUUGACUCCCCAGCUCACUUUCCCCUCUACCCUCCCUCUAAAGUGAUCGGCUGUGAGGAGCACAGAGGGUGGCCUUUCCAUCUGUCACGGGCUCAGAAGGCAUAGCGGCCAUAUUGACUUUACAUUAAACUGUGUAAAAUGUGGAAAAGACUCAGCAUGUUGGUCAAACAAUAAACUGUCCUACUUCUCAA